CGGCUAUGAAGACGCAUGUUCACACUGACUGUACAUUGCCAUCUGUAUCUGGACGCUCACGGAACAGGAGCUGGUGCCAGUAUUUGCAUCUGUCUCUUUUAUUCAGAAUGACAAGCCUUCCAGCACUACUGCAUGGGAUGUUUACACAGAAAGUAUCAGCACACGUUGGACACGAGAAGAUUUUUUAAUCAUGUGUAUUUAUAUUUUAUAAACGAACAUAUAACGCGUAAUACAGUAGAGUGUUACAGCUUUCAGUGGGCUGAAAUUUAUCAAUGCGAAAAAAUAGAUUUAUAGGCUUUUUUUUCCCCCCCAGUAGAGUUUGUAGAAAGAUGUUACAUGUCCAAGUAAAACCCAGAGAGGGUUUAUGGCACGACGAAGCUAAUUCAACUGUGACUAUGUUGUGCUAAGUGGGUAGGACCUGUUGCUCUAAAACAGCGGGUGUGCAAUGUCAAGUUUCAAGAUAAUUGAAAUAUUUGUUCUGUAAAAUAAUAUAAAACAAGCGUUGCUGCUUUGUGGAAGCAUACAUCAAAACAAUGUCCCAAACCGAAGUGGAUCUAGCGGUACGCGGCAUCUCUUUAAACUCGGUUUCGGAUGAAGAUUCGUCUUUGAUUCCCUUUGUGGCACCGCCGCGGAGGCGAAAACACUCAGGCAAUUCCAGAAGAAACUCGUACAGGUUUAAUAAAGUUAAUGCCACAGAGCUGGAGCCGAUAGUGUAUGGGUCUCUUUCCAGCAGCCCUCAACCACAGCCUUGUUCAACUGAGACCAGUUUGACAGAAACAAGCGAGGACGCGGAUUCUCUGUCUCCGGGAUGUCCUCUGCCUUUCACCGUCACCAGCUCACCAAGUAUAGCGCAGCACAACCUUGCCCCGUCGAUUAAUAACAACGGGGACGCGAUGGUGCAAAAGACCAUGCUGAAUAUCAGUUCGGACUCGGAGGACGAAACAAGCCAGCAUAAACACCGAAAAGUGAUUUUAUCGCGGGCUGCCUUUGAGAGUAAAUGGGAACAAGAAGAGAAAGACGAGAUCGAGACCAAAGCGGUGGCUACCUCACCUGACGGCAGGUACCUGAAAUUCAACAUCGAGAUCGGGAGGGGGUCGUUCAAGACUGUGUACAAGGGAUUGGACACGGAAACAACGGUAGAGGUGGCAUGGUGCGAAUUACAGGCUCGGAAGCUGAGUAAAGCAGAGAAGCAGCGCUUCAGUGAGGAGGUGGAGAUGCUGAAGGGGUUGCAGCACCCCAACAUUGUGCGCUUCUACGACUCCUGGAAAUCCACCCUGAAGGGACACAAGUGCAUCCUCCUCGUCACUGAGCUCAUGACCUCGGGCACGCUCAAGACGUAUCUGAAGAGGUUCAAGGAGAUGAAGCUGAAGCUGCUGCAGCGCUGGAGCCGACAGAUCCUCAAGGGCCUUCACUUCUUGCACACCCGCUCUCCUCCCAUUAUCCACCGAGACCUCAAGUGUGACAACAUCUUCAUCACCGGCCCCACCGGCUCCGUCAAGAUCGGGGACCUGGGCCUGGCCACGCUCAAGAGUGCCUCCUUCGCCAAGAGCGUCAUAGGGACCCCCGAGUUUAUGGCUCCGGAAAUGUAUGAGGAGAAGUACGAUGAGGCGGUGGAUGUCUAUGCGUUUGGGAUGUGCAUUCUGGAAAUGGCAACCUCUGAAUACCCCUACUCAGAGUGCCAGAACGCAGCUCAGAUCUACCGCAAAGUCACCAGCGUGAGUAACAGCAGACUGCUGCUUUGUGUAACGGAGCUCUGGGGCUAACUGAUACAAAUUUCAUGUGAUCUGGCACAAACAGAAGCAAGUUAAUGCAGUGCUUUGUGCUCGUUUGCAUGCCACGUGUACUCACAGACAGUCCUGCCACCUGAUCUAAAAGUCCUUUCAGUGAUCAUGAUCGGACGAAUCGUGAUCAUGAAAGGUCAGAAUUAAGGUUUAAAAUAGUUAACGGAAGGUUUACUGUCCAACACUGUCAUUUAAAUAACAAAAAAAGUCAGUAAAAUUACUGUAAGAAAGCCUUUUCAAAAGUAUCACUAAAAAAACCAACCCUUUCAGAUUAACUUUGACUGAAUUGCAAAAACAUAACAUCCUUAUAUUUGUAGACAGUAAGACCAGUGACCCAUUUUGCAUUUUGUAUUAAGCGCCCAAGUAUAGCCAGUGGCCCACGAAGAUGAAUACCUUGUAGCCUAAUCUUCAUUGAUCCAUUAGAGAAACUUUCCGUAAACUACGUGUAAUUGUUUGCCUGGGAGAUUAAUUGGAAAUGAAAUGGUUCU